AUGUCUCGGAGGAAGAUUUCGUCCGAGUCCUUCAGCUCCCUGGGCUCCGACUAUCUGGAGACCAGCCCCGAGGAAGAGACGGAGUGCCCGUUGUCCAGGCUCUGCUGGAACGGCGGCCGCAGCGCGCCCGGGCCGCCCGAGCCCAGCGCGGCGCACGUCUCCGCCCGAGCCCCGGCGGCCGGCGCAGCCGCCGCCGCCGCAGUCAGCGCCGCCACGGCUGGGGCUAGGCGAGCGCAGCGCCGCAGGCGGGUCAACCUGGACUCACUGGGCGAGAGCAUCAGCCGUCUGACGGCGCCCUCGCCCCAGAUGAUACAGCAGACUCUCAAGAGGACACUGCAAUAUUAUGAGCACCAAGUUACAGGUUAUAGGGAUACAGAAAAGAAUUUCUACAAUAUCUCUAACAGAUGCUCCUAUGCAGACCAUUCCAACAAAGAGGACAUUGAAGAGGUCUCAGGAAUUCUUCAGUGUACUGCUAAUGUACUCGGUUUGAAGUUUGAGGAAAUCCAAGAAAGAUUUGGUGAGGAGUUCUUUAAUAUAUGCUUUGAUGACAAUGAGAGAGUCCUUCGAGCUGUAGGUGGCACAUUGCAGGACUUUUUUAAUGGCUUUGAUGCUUUGUUGGAACAUAUUAGAACUUCUUUUGGAAAACAGGCCACUCUAGAGUCACCAUCAUUCCUAUGCAAAGAGCUCCCUGAAGGUACUCUUAUACUCCAUUACUUCCACCCUCACCACAUUGUGGGGUUUGCAAUGCUUGGAAUGAUUAAGGCUGCAGGAAAGAAGAUCUAUCGGCUGGAUGUGGAAGUGAACCAGGUCGCUGAGAAACUGUGCUCCGAUGGUUCAAACCCAGGCAAUUGUAAUGGCCUCGCUUUCCUUAUCAGACAAUGUGAAAAUGCUAAUAUCACGAAGAACCUUCCUCAGGGAACAUCCCAAGUUCCUGCGGACCUCAGAAUUAGCAUCAACACCUUCUGCAGAGCCUUCCCUUUUCACUUGAUGUUUGACCCCCACAUGUCAGUCCUUCAACUGGGGGAAGGCCUAAGGAAGCAGCUCCGAUGUGACACUCACAAAGUGCUCAAGUUUGAGGACUGCUUUGAGAUCAUUUCUCCGAAGGUUAAUGCCACCUUUGAAAGGGUUCUGCUGCGCCUGUCUACCCCAUUUGUGAUUAGGACCAAGCCUGAGGCUUCUAGCACUGAGAAUAAAGACAAGGUGAUGGAAGUUAAAGGACAAAUGAUCCAUGUCUCGGAAUCAAAUUCCAUUUUAUUCUUGGGUUCUCCAUGUGUGGACAAGUUGGAUGAACUUAUGGGACGAGGGCUACAUCUCUCAGACAUCCCUAUCCAUGAUGCUACUCGAGAUGUCAUCUUGGUUGGUGAGCAGGCAAAGGCCCAAGAUGGGCUGAAGAAGAGGAUGGAUAAAUUAAAAGCAACUUUAGAAAGAACUCACCAGGCCCUGGAAGAAGAGAAAAAGAAAACAGUGGAUCUUCUAUACUCCAUUUUCCCUGGUGAUGUAGCCCAGCAAUUGUGGCAAGGGCAGCAAGUGCAGGCCAGAAAGUUUGAUGAUGUCACCAUGCUGUUUUCAGACAUUGUUGGCUUCACGGCCAUAUGUGCCCAGUGUACCCCCAUGCAAGUCAUCAGCAUGCUGAAUGAACUGUACACAAGAUUCGACCACCAAUGUGGAUUUUUGGAUAUUUAUAAGGUGGAAACAAUAGGUGAUGCAUACUGUGUUGCUGCAGGGCUCCAUAGAAAAAGCCUUUGCCAUGCUAAACCCAUUGCUCUGAUGGCCCUGAAGAUGAUGGAACUUUCAGAAGAGGUGUUGACACCUGAUGGAAGACCAAUUCAGAUGAGGAUAGGCAUUCACUCAGGCUCUGUGCUGGCUGGAGUUGUUGGGGUAAGAAUGCCACGAUAUUGCCUGUUUGGAAAUAACGUCACUCUGGCAAGCAAAUUUGAAUCAGGAAGUCAUCCUCGACGCAUCAAUGUCAGCCCAACCACUUACCAAUUAUUAAAACGAGAAGAAAAUUUCACAUUCAUUCCUCGGUCCCGUGAAGAGCUUCCAGACAACUUUCCAAAAGAAAUCCCUGGUAUCUGCUAUUUCCUGGAGGUAAGAACUGGUCCUAAGCAGCCAAAGCCUUCUCUUUCUUCAUCGAAAAUAAAAAAGGUUUCCUACAACAUUGGCACUAUGUUCCUCCGGGAGACAAGCCUCUGA